AAGGAGGCGUUUCUGCCCUGUUUCGCCCUUUCCCUUCGAGACCCCAGCCCUCAGGGCGUCGCAAAUGGGGCGGCCUUCCAUUCGCAACAUUUUUGACAUUCAUUCCGUUGACGUCAUGUGAUUCGCACGCACAAGUGCUGCCUCAGCACCAUCAUGUUGACACUUGGAUCUCCAUCACAAACUUUGCCUCAGUUAUCUUUUUUCCGUUUUUAACACGGCUAGGAUUUUCUUCAGGUGUUUCUCACAGUUCUGACUUUGUUAUGGCUGAUGGGUCUAUUCGUCGCCUUCGCUUGAAAGUUGUAGCAGGCCACACUUUAGCUAAAAAAGAUAUUUUUGGUGCAAGUGACCCAUAUGUAAAAAUAGAACUCUUAAACACUAACAGUGGAAAUGGUGACCCAUCAAUUGAUUCAGUUCUGACUAAAACUAAGAAAAAGACUCUAAAUCCUGUGUGGAAUCAGGAAUUGGUGUUCAGGGUAAAACCUGCUGAACACAAGCUGCUUCUUCAAGUAUUUGAUGAAAACCGAUUAACUCGUGAUGACUUUCUUGGAUUAGUUGAACUCAACUUGCAAAACAUCCCAUAUGAAGUGGAAGGGCGUAGCAUUCCAUCGAAACAUUAUCUUCUUCUGCCUCGAAACAAUAGUACAAGGUCUCGUGUAAGAGGGCACCUGGAGCUGUAUCAUGCUUGGAUGAGAGAACCCGGUUUGGCCACUUCCCCAGAAGAAGGCACUGGUCGUUUAAGGCGUCUCUCUGAAAGGAGCUCUACUGACAAUGAAAACACAUGGGAAAUGGUGGAAGCAGAUCAGUCAUAUGUGGAGACUGCAGCACAGGUACGACCCCUAGAUGAAACCGAACCCAACUCAGAACUGAGCGAGACUGUUGGUCCUCUACCAGAGCAAAGUGAUGGAGAGUGGGAGGAAGUUGAGCCAGAGCAUUUAAAUAUUUCUCUGACGCCGGUUCAACCAAAUAGUGAUUCUCUUCCACUUCCCUUGGGCUGGGAGGAAAGGCAGGAUGGAAAUGGAAGAACAUAUUACGUGAACCAUGUUGCCCGUACAACUCAAUGGGAAAGACCGUCUGUAAGUGAAACUACUGCUGGAGCUGACCAAGUUGACAUUGCUGCACUAGAAUUUCAGAGAAGAUUCCAUAUUAGUGCUGAUGAAGUGGAUCACAAUCAAAGAAACAGUGUAACUUUAAGCCAAGGUAGUGACUGCGUCGACAGUCCUAGCUCUUCUAGGAGAGAAUCUAGCAGUGUUCCAGCUUCCUCAACUGAAAGUGGAGACUCAGGCAACAGUACAUCCAACUCAGCUACUAAUAGUAAUUUAAAUUCCAAUGAUGACGCAUCUGAUGCCUCGACUCAAACCCAACUUCAUGCAGAUCACUGUGCUGCUGGACUUCCUCCUGGGUGGUCGAUGCAAAUAGCUCCCAAUGGCCGUAUGUUUUUCAUUGACCACAAUGAGAGAGCAACAUCCUGGGUGGAUCCAAGAACUGGGCGUGCUAGUCCCAUGCCAUGUACACCAUGCGCACCCAUUACUUCCCGACAGCAUCCUGGAGAUGAACUUGGGCCUUUACCAGAAGGGUGGGAGGAGAGGAUUCAUUCAGAUGGAAGGAUCUUUUUCAUUGAUCAUAAUACAAGGCAAACACAAUGGGAUGAUCCAAGAUUAUCCAAUCCUCAGAUAGCUGGCCCUGCUGUUCCUUAUUCUAGAGACUAUAAGAAAAAGUACGACUUCCUUAAGUCUCAACUACGAAAGCCGAAUAAUGUACCUAACAAAUUUGAGAUAAAGGUAAACAGGUCCAACAUCUUGGAAGACUCUUACCGAAUAAUUAGUACAGUCAAUCGCACAGAUCUUUUGAAAACAAAACUUUGGGUAGAAUUUGAAGGAGAAGUAGGCUUGGAUUAUGGAGGCUUGGCACGAGAAUGGUUCUUUUUGUUGUCAAAAGAAAUGUUUAAUCCGUAUUAUGGGCUCUUCGAAUAUUCUGCUAUGGACAACUACACGCUUCAAAUCAACCCCCUAUCUGGACUUUGCAAUGAGGAGCAUCUCAGUUAUUUCAAGUUUAUUGGACGCAUUGCUGGGAUGGCUGUCUACCAUGGCAAACUGUUGGAUGCUUUCUUCAUCCGUCCUUUCUACAAAAUGAUGCUGGAGAAAACGAUUGAUCUUAAAGAUAUGGAAAGUGUGGACAGUGAAUAUUAUAAUUCUCUUUUGUGGAUUAAGGAAAAUGAUCCCACAGAGCUAGAACUAACGUUCUGUGUUGACGAGGAUAGUUUAGGUCAUACAUCACAGCGAGAACUGAAACCCAAUGGUGCUAAUGAACCAGUGACUAAUGAAAACAAAGAUGAAUAUAUAAGUCUUGUGAUAAAAUGGCGAUUUGUCUCUAGAGUGCAAGAACAAAUGAACGCCUUCCUCAAUGGUUUCAGUUGCCUUGUGCCCCUAAAUUUAAUUAAGAUUUUUGAUGAAAAUGAAUUAGAACUGCUGAUGUGUGGUAUCCAAAAUAUUGAUGUCAAGGAUUGGAAGCAAAAUACGCUCUACAAAGGAGAUUACCACCCUAACCAUAUUACUGUUCAGUGGUUUUGGAGGGUGGUUUUAUCUUUUAACAACGAAAUGCGCUCCCGCUUACUUCAAUUUGUAACUGGCACGUCACGAGUACCAAUGAAUGGUUUUAAAGAGCUUUAUGGCAGUAAUGGUCCUCAACUAUUUACCAUAGAAAAAUGGGGGAAACCGUCCAAUUAUCCAAGAGCUCACACAUGUUUCAACCGGUUGGACCUGCCUCCCUAUGAUGAUUAUCAACAACUUCGAGACAAGCUUAUUAAAGCUAUUGAAGGAUCGCAAGGAUUUGCAGGUGUGGACUGAGUACAGUUAGAAAAACACAUAAAAUAAUGUAGAUUUGUAAUAUUUAUAGAUUUCAUAUCAGACUCUGUUAUAUGUAUUAUUGGCGAUGAAAUAAGGCAGGUUAGCUUAUCCUCUUACAUGAUUAUUUAUGAUCUCUGAUCACUUCAAAUGUUAAAUAUUAUUCUACUUAAAAUUAUUUUCACUAUAAUGAAAUGCUUUUAUGAAGAGACGUGGUUGGGUUCUUGACUCUUUAUCCAUCCAUUUUAUUGUAAGCCAAGCUAAUUUCAAUCUAUAUUCUUUGUGCAAUAUAUUUGUAAUUAAGUUACAUACUUGAUUACACAUCUUCACUGUUGUCAAACAUAGACACUUUGUUCCGAGAGUCAUGGUUUGUUCACUAACGUGUUCAUGCAAAAACCUUGUUAACUACACAUUUUUAUUGAACCAGCUUUUGUGGUAAAUUGAGUCAUAGUAGAUUAUAUUUUCCAUGAGUGAAUUGAGCAGUGUGAUAGUCCCUCUGUUUAUUUUUUAUGUCUUGAGCAAUGUGUUUUUAUUAUUCUUCAUCCACUGUUCGGCUUGUUUUCUUCUUUUAUAAUGUCAACUUUUAGAGUGUAGACCUAGUGCUAACAGCCAUACAUUGUUUUAGUACUUGAAGUACAUGAAACGCUUUUAUUCCAUUGAAGCCAAUUCUGAGACCCUAGGGUAUCAACAGCAUUACUUGCUUUUUUCAUAAAUCUGUUUUGAGAUAAUUCUCCAUGUCUUGUAGCGUAGAAUUUGUGGGUACGUCUUGACAUGCUUUUAUUAAUGUCAUUGUAAUAUGAAGGGUUCAGUUUCUAAAGUUCAAAGCCUUCUUAAAGCUGAAACUUUGCACUGUCAUCCCUUUCUUUUCUAGAAACUUUAUUCUAAAAUUGUGAGCAUUUUGACAAAAUUUGAGCAUAGUGAUGAAACUACUAUCUGAGCUUAGUGACAAAAUUAUUGAAACAUAACAAGCAUCAAUUUAAUCAUGAAAUUUUUUUAACAUUUUUUGACUACGUCUGCAACCAAGGUAUCUAGUUUUUAAAUUCUAGCUACUGUUUGUUAGAUAUUUUGUAUAACUUUUAAAAGUUUACUGUUUAAUUUAUUCCAUUGAAGUAACACCAGAAGCAGAGAAACUUUUACUUUCCUCCCACAAAUUUGUAUGCGCUUUAGAGACUUCAUUUUUUAUCUUAGCAUUGAAAGUAGUCAAUUAUAAUUUAGACUUGCAGAUGCCUGGCUUCUGUAUUCUCCUAUAAUGCCCAGUUCUAAAAAGUUUCUCCAUUGUUUUUAAACUUGGUCCUAUAAUCCAUUCAAUUACUGAAUCAAUUACAUAGUGCCUCUCAGGAAUAACUGGUAGAUAUAGACACAUUAAAUCAUCCUUGUCUGUGUUAAAGGGAAAGUCCGUCUGUAUGAAGUCCCGACGUAUUUAAUCAUGUUAAUACAUUCCGGUAUUUGAAGGAAUGCUAUAGUUACUUUUAUAUCUAUAUAUACUAUUACUAUGUUUAAUUUUAGGCAUGUCAUCACUCUAAACCUUUUAUAAUGUGAUUCAAGGCAAGGUCCUCAUCCUCUGCUGGCUCAAAUGUAACGCUUUUGAGGAAUACUGAUCUUUUACUGAGGCAGAGAGUUUGAAAUUGCAACUGGUGCUAGAACCACUACACCAGCCCCACUAUUCUGUGAUGCUCAUUUUUGUAGUGUAUAUACUUGUCUUAAGAAUUAGUUUAAGCUCUUGUAUUCAGAUGUGUAAAUAUUUGCACCAAUAUUUUUCUCGGAAAUCAAUGUUUCUGGUUUGUUUUAUCUUCAAAUUUUUAUGUUUUAAUGUUACGUGAAUGUUGUGGUUGGUGCACUUUCAGGACAGCCACUUCUGUUUCAAACAAAUGUUUCCUCUCUAUUUCCAGUCCUAAGAAAACAAACCUUAGUUUGUUCACAUCUGGACAUCUGUAGUUUAAAGAAAAUGGAUCCUGGCACAAAGUCUUUUGUAGUCAGCCAAAUUUUGCCUGACAACACUUUUUGCUUUAUUAAUUUUCUCUCUCACUUUCAAAGACAAUUCCGUUACAGUGAUGUCUUUUUCAGUGCAAGGGGGAAUCAUGUUUAAAAUUGGUGUGACAUCAGGAAUAUGCAAUGUAAAUGUAUCUACAGGUUUUGGAUUCUGCUUCUUCUUUGCCUGCCUCUAUAGCUUGUCAUGCAGGAUAAAGUUAAGCUUCAAGCCAUGUGCAGAACAUUGUGCCUAAAUUUUCUAUUAAAAAAAAGUUUAUUUCCUGUACUUUUCAUGGCUGUAGUCAUGUUAAUCAUAUUUUAACUAUCAUUAUUAUGUAAUAAAAUGAGUUCUAUUAUAAUUGUUAUCGCUGUUGUUAUCAGAAUUGUUAUGUCUACUAUGAAUUGGGAUCAAUUAUUACUCUUGAAGUGUAUUAGAUAAAGAGUGAGCUUUCUUGGGAAUAUAUUAGUUUCCCCCACCUGAAA